GGGAGCAGUGCUGCCAAUCAAGACACGCCUGCUCGUGCUGUUCCUUUAAGAUGAGCUUGUGAGAUGAGCUCUGGCACAGAGUGCCUAGCCCUGCUGGGAAGAAGGAGCUCUGAAAAAUAACAGGAGAUCAUCCUCACUCUAGCACAACCCUGCAUUUGUUUCUCCGGGCUCAUAGGGGGGUCAGAAAGUGGCUGCUAAGAUCUACACAGCUCCAACAAGUUCCAGACUCAACUAAGAACCUGAACGGUCCAUCUGAGUAGACUAGAAUUAGAACACUCUACAUAUUAUUCUAUAGAACAACUUGACCGUUCAACCUGAGAAGAAAUAGAACAUUCUAAAUAUUAUUCUAUAUAAUAAUCUGAACGUUCCAUCUGAGAAGAAAUGAAACAUUCUAUAUAUCAUUCUAUAUAAUAAUCUGAACGUUCCAUCUGAGAAGAAAUACAACAAUCUAUAUAAUAUUCUAUAUAAUAAUCUGAACGUUCCAUCUGAGAAGAAAUAGAACACUAGAUAUUAUUCUAUAUAAUAAUCUGAACGUUCCAUCUGAGAAGAAAUAGAACACUAGAUAUUAUUCUAUAGAAUAACCUGGGCGUUCCAUCUGAGAACAAUAUAGAAUUAUCUGAACGUGCCAUCUGAGAAGAAAUAGAACAUUCUAUAUAUUAUUCUAUAGAAUAACCUGGACAUUCCAUUUGAGAAGAAAUAGAACAAUAUAGAAUUAUCUGAACGUUCCAUCUGAGAAGUAAUAGAAGACUCAGCCUGAGUUUAUUUGACCUACCUGCUGCCUUUUGCAAUUAUCUGGAGAGUUCGUAGGACUUGCAUGUCCUCUUCUUUGACCUGUCCUGUCCAGGUCACCUGAUCUUUUUUUUUUGGUUUUGAAGGCUCAUAUAUAUUGAGUUGACUAAGUUGCUGUGUUAAGUAAACAUGUAUCUUCUUGUGCUGGGGAUUGCGUGUCUGUGUGCCCUUGUCAAUGGCAACACUGUAAAGAAGCAGGAGACCAUUGGAGGGGAGCGCUUUGUAUGCACUGCCCUGCCACCUGAAGCCAACCAUGGCUGUCCCAUGCCAUCCUUCCCCGCUUCCCAAGAAGAGGAACUUCGCUCCACCAUCCUCCACCUGAGAGAGACCAUCUUACAGCAGAAAGAUGCUAUAGGGAACCAGAAGGAGACUAUAAAGGAACUGACCUCCAAGCUGACCAGCUGUGAGAGCCUCUCCGAGGGCGCAGGGCAGGAGGGCAAGCAUGGCUCCUGGAGAAAGGGCUAUGGCAAGGACACCAUGGGGGAUUUACCCAGGGAUCCCACCCAGAUCAUCGACCAGCUCAGCCGCACCAUGCAGUCCCUGAAGGACAGGCUGGAGAAUCUGGAGCAUCAACUGAGAUCCAACGUGUCAUAUUCGGCUUUGCCUACUGAUCUUCGAGAGAUGCUUCAGAGGAAGCUGGGAGAUCUCGAACACCAGCUUUUAAACAAAGUAACUGAGCUCGAAGAGGAGAAGUCAUUGCUUCAUAACGAGAGCGCCACUCACAGGCACAAGACUGAGUCUACACUCACGGCCCUUUUGGAAAGAGUCAACGAACUCGAAAAAGGUAGCAGCGCUUUUAAAGCACCAGAUGAAUUUAAGGUGUCCCUCCCUCUACGUACCAACUACCUGUAUGGUCGGAUCAGGAAGAGUCUGCCUGAGCUCUAUGCAUUCACUAUCUGCAUGUGGCUGAAGUCCAGCGCCUCACCUGGAAUUGGGACACCUUUCUCUUACGCUGUAUCGGGUCAAGCCAAUGAGAUUGUGCUGAUUGAAUGGGGGAAUCAUCCAAUUGAACUGCUAAUAAAUGAUAAGGUAGCCCAGCUCCCAUUUUCUAUUGGGGAUGGUAAAUGGCAUCACCUCUGUAUCACUUGGACAACCAGAGAUGGAUUGUGGGAAGCCUUCCUGGAUGGGGAGAAGCUUGGUUCGGGGGAAAACCUUGCUCCGUGGCACCCAAUUAAACCAGGUGGAAUUCUCAUUCUUGGUCAAGAGCAGGACACAGUUGGAGGAAGAUUUGACGCAACUCAAGCUUUCGUUGGAGAAUUGAGCCAGUUUAACAUUUGGGACCGGGUCCUUAAAUCAGAUGACAUCGGAAAUAUUGCAAACUGUUCCAUGAACAUGCCUGGAAAUAUCAUACCUUGGGUUGAAAACAAUGUUGAGGUUUUCGGAGGGGCAACUAAAUUGCCUCUGGAACAAUGUGAAGACCGUCUGUUGAAUUUAUAGCUAUAAUAUGAAGCCCCUUUGUGCCCAGUUUUAUUGAGACAAUCUCUGACGAGGUUAUUUAUUGUAAAUUGCACUUAUUUAUUUAAAUACGAUUUUGUAAAACCAUUGAUCGACAGGUCAAGAAAAAUUAAUGACAAAGACACAAACCCAUAUAUUCAAGGUCUGGCUAGCAACUUUUUGAGACUACAUAUUCACUUACUUUUGGACAGUUAAGAAUCUAGAUGAACUUUCUCGUAGUUUUUUUCAGAAUGAAUCAAAUAAUUACAUUAUUAUCAUUGACUUAAUAGAAUUUCCAAUUAUAACUAGCCUGCCAUUGUUUUUUGUAUAUAGCAUUUUUUUUUACCAGCAUAGAAAUGGUCUUAAUCGACUUAACAUGGACCUGUCACCUUCACAAUUGCACUACAGAAUGGGCAGAAAUCUAACUAUUUGAGUUAU